CACUAGAAGAAACAAUAAGGACAGUCUUUUUGCCAAAAUUGACUGGACAGAAUGCCUUUGGUGAUCUGGAAAGACAGAUAAUGGCACUCCCAGCCCGCCAUGGGGGACUUGGUAUAGCAAACCCGUGUGAAACAAGCCCUGGUCAGUUCACGAUGAGCAUGUCAAUCUCAGCACCACUAGUCAGCCUGAUACUUGACCAAUCCGAUAUAUACGAACCUACAAUGAAGCAAGAGCAAGCCAGACUGAGGAACAAUGCCAAAAAAUUCCGCCGACAGAUGGAAGCCAGGACAGCAAGUGAGCUAAAUGAAGAACUACCAAACAAUUUGAAAAAAAUGGUUGGAAUAUGCUCAGAGAAAGGUACCUCAAGCUGGAUAACAGCGCUGCCUAUUGCAGAGCAUGGUUUCAUGCUACACAAGGGAGCCUUCAGAGAUGCUCUUUGCCUCAGGUACGGCUGGCGGCCUCAGAACCUACCCUCUCACUGUGUCUGUGGACUUCACUUCACAGUAGAGCAUGCACUCAGCUGCUCUAGGGGAGGAUUUCCAACAAUAAGACAUAAUGAAAUACGCAACAUCACAGCAAAUCUUAUGAGCGAAGUAUGUCCAGAUGUGGGUAUUGAACCAACCUUACAGCCUGUGACGGAAGAGCAGUUCCAACUUAGGACAACCAACCGCGAGGAUGGGGCUCGCCUUGAUGUUGUGGCCCAGAACUUCUGGAGCAACGAUAGACAGAGUGCAUUUUUUGAUGUCAGGGUCUUCAACCCGUACGCACCUACCUAUCGCCGCUCCACCAUGGCCCAGAGCUACAGAAGAAACGAGAUGGAGAAGAAGAGAGCUUAUGAACAGCGUGUAAGAGAAGUCGAACAUGGAUCGUUUACGCCUUUGGUUUUCUCUGCUGCUGGAGGUAUGGGUCCGGCUGCAGAUAUUGUCUACAAGAAACUAGCUUCAAUGCUGGCAGAGAAACAGGACAAAACAUACAGCACAACUCUGAAUUGGAUGAGGUGUAGGCUAAAUUUCUCCCUCAUAAGAUCAGAGAUUAUGUGCAUCAGAGGCUCUAGGAAGUCAUUCACCACCACCACACCAUGGAAGGCCUUAGACACUGGCACUAUUGACCUAGCAACUCAAGAAGGCCGGGUGCUAUCGGUCUGAAACAUGUGUUUUCACCCAGGAACUUUAUAAAAUUAUGUCACAUGUUUUUGUUGUUUUUUCUUGGUUUGUUUUUUUGUUUUGUCUUUUGUCUUUUGUCUUCUCACUUGCAAU